UUUAAUUUGUCUUUAUGUCACUUACUAUAGAGAAGGCAAUUAAGCAUAUAAAUUCAUACACACAGACACAAAGGGAGGUAUAUCUAUAGAAGCUGAAUAGAUCAAUAUGGUGAGAAUCCCAUCUAGUGACAAAAUUGUUUUGAAGAGAGGAACAUGGACACAAGAGGAAGACAAGAAGUUAAUUGACUAUGUUACUAGAUAUGGUCACUGGAAUUGGCGCCUACUCCCUAAGUUUGCAGGACUUGCGAGAUGCGGAAAGAGUUGUAGAUUAAGGUGGCUAAAUUACCUAAGCCCAAAUCUCAAAAGGGGGAACUUCACUUUAGAAGAGGAGGAAACUAUUGUUAAACUGAAUCAACUUCUAGGUAACAGGUGUGAAAAUUGAAACAUUCUCCACUAAUACGUACAACACAAUAUUCAUGUUUUAGAAAACCCAAAAACAUGAUAGAAAAAUGUCAUAAAUAUUUUGUCUUUAUCAAAUUGAUUAAAUCAUACUAACAUAGUAGGGUAAAUGUUUAGAUUCUUUAACUAUUUGAGUUCGAGUUCGAUUAUUGACUG